CUUAUAUUUUAUUGCAUAAGUUUGAUAGCUUUCUUCCUUUCUGUAGGUUAUUCAAAGAAGAGGAAUAGGAUUUAGUUCUCCUGAUUCUUUCUAUAGGGACUGGAAAGAAUACAAAAUGGGAUUUGGAAACGUUAACAAUGAUUAUUGGUUAGGUAACGAGAACAUAUUUUCGCUAACCAAUGAGGGACUUUACUCAGUUCGAUUCGAUAUCACAGAUAACCAUAGGAAAAGCGUGUAUGCUGUUUACGACAUAUUUGCAAUCGAUGAUGAAAACAAAAACUAUAGGGUACAUGUCAGAGGAUAUAGUGGUGAUGCAGGGAGUGGCAUGAUAUUGAGCGAUGAUCGGUCUUUCUCUACGAAAGACAGAAAAACUGAUAUAGAUGUUGCGGAACAUUGCGCAAUGACAAGACAAAGUGGCUGGUGGUUUAAAGAUUGCACUGAUGUUAAUCUGAACGGCUUGCACAUGCCUGGAGUUGAGGAUAAAAGGAGCAUGUAUUGGUUCAAGUGGCAAAAAUACGUAGGAAUAAAAUAUUCUACAAUGAAAAUAAGGCCCAAGAAUUUAAAAAACUUCAUUUAGAGUACUGUACUGUUUUAUAAUUAAAAUUAGUUUAAAUUUGCUUGUUCUCAUACUAAAUGUUUCUAUACGUUUUGAGUUUAAUAGUUUAUAUUUUCAACAAAGUGAACGAAAACAUAUUUUAGUUAAGCUUAAAAACUGAAAUGUUUCGUGAAGCUGAUUACAGUGAUAAAUUAAUUUAUUCAAUUACCGAUUAUUUUAUAUAUAUUAUAUUUAUAUAAUUACACUCUACUGAAGAAAUAACUGACGAACUUCAUGAAAUUAGCAGUUAAUUUUUCAAUAGAGUGUUAAUAUUGCCGAUCAUUUCUAAAAAAUAGCCUUUUUAGCUUCAGUUACAUUAAGGGAGAAAAGAGCACGCCAAAGUAAAACUUAAAAUUAGAUAAAACGAAAACCUUGCAUUUGGCAUAGAUUUUAAUUUAAACGCUAUCAUUUAGAGGACGAAUAGGUACAGGUGCCUCUUAUUCAGAAAUCUUAUUUACAAAAGGGUAAUUGAUUCAAUAAAAUACAGCCACAAAUAAUUAACCCCAAGUUCGGUAAGAUAACACAAUUUAAAAUUUCCUUUAUCUCUUCUGUCGUGGAUAGAAAACAUAAUCGCAGAUAAACACAUACCAUAGCUAAAAAAUGAUUUUUGUACAAGUUCUUAAACACCAUAUUGACAUAGUAAGAUCAUAACCUACGUACAAAUAAAGACUUUGUCCUAAACUCCUGAAUAAAUAUUUACAUUCAAAAAUUUAGAUUUAGACAAUCAACUCUACAAACUAAGAGGAGGUGAAUGGUACUUACUUGAGCGGAUUUGGGGAAUCCGGAAUGUGAAACAAGCUUGCGCGUUGCUGAAGGAUAACACGCGAAGGGUUAGACUGCAAAUGAAUUAAUUUAACUUAUCCUAAGAAGUCACUUAUAGUUUUUAAUAAUGUUCGUUAUUAUUUGUAGAGUGGAGCCGUUUUCUCCAUUUUCUCCGUUCGUAUGAUACUUCGUAGACAAGAACACAGAACCGAAUCCUUGAACAUCAUCUGUCAGAAGCCGCUAUUCGAAUUCGGUAGCCUCUCAAGAAAAUAAUACGUCUCCGUCUAGAACAAUCUCUUAUAAUACUUCGCAAACAGGAAUACAAUGCCUGGAGAAUCGCACAGCAUCAGUCGGUGCCAGAAGCCGAUAUUCUAAACCGCUAAAUUAGGAAAUUGAAUGCUCACGCCCCUUUUUUAACUUCCUUCACUGAUUAAAGAAUACUCCUGAAGACAGAUUUUCAGUUGAUCAUAAAUUAGGUAUUCCUUUGCAUUACACACGCCAUGAGAAGAACACCGCCCAGAACAUGGAAUUUUCUUAUCAGGGAAAUUUUCAUCACGUGUCUCUCCUUCAUCAAUACUAAAUCAUUCAAUGCAGCUGAUAAUUUUCCACGAGGCCUGUACGUCUUCAGUAGUUUUUCCUUUAUUUCGCACAUGCUCCAGAAUUAUCACCAUAUUAUUCUCAUCUCCGUCCUCCAUUUUCACACCGUUCUACUCAUUAUUAUCCGCAAAUUUCUUUCCUCCUUUUUUUCCUUUUCUUCUGCACAUUGCUAAACUAAGAGGGGUGAGAGACCCACGGAGCUGUCGCCCCGGGAUGCAGUCUUUCAAAAUUCGGAGUAGAAUUAAGCAAAGUCCUACUCUCACCUGUAUGGUACUCAAGGCUUUUGCUAACGACAAGCUCAAUAUUGCCUUCAUGCCACGCCGAAUUUCGUGAUCUUUCUGUAACAUCAGACAAGCGAGUUUAGUCACGACGACAACAGCCAUACUGCUUAACUCAAAGCAAAACCAAAAGUUCAAAAAUCUCUCAAAAGCUUUCUCUAGUUUGACAAAAUCUUUCCUAUUUAAUUCCAGACCUACUUAUUAAUUAAAAGCCAUCUUCUAACGCAACCAAGCCUCGCCUUGAUUUUGAAACGAUGUUUCUCCAUUCUUUGGAACUCCACAUUCGAGAAGUUUCCCUAUCCUUUGAGAAUUUCUGGAAUCCGCAGCUUAACAAAAGUUAAACAGACAGAAAUGAAGAUGGCUAGUAGAUUUCAAGACUAGAGAAUUCACGCAGCCAAUUCAUGAAUUAAUGAAUAACAUUGAAUAUCAAGAAUUCACAGUGAAUGCUCGUAAGCAUAACAUUGUGAUUUUUAAGGGUUCUUCCAGGAGAUUUUCUUGGAUCGGGUUUGUUUGUGUGUUUUAACCGCGUAACAAGUAAUCAUUAAUACAUUUAAAAGUAAAAAUAAUAAAUCUUGUAUAAUAACGACCUCCUUAAGCAAACUAUAUAUACUACUUUGUGAAGAAUCUGAUAAUAAGGUUCGUUCAAAAGGCCGAUUUCGACUGAAAAACUCAUUUUUUUUUUUUUAAUUUAAUAUUUUUUAAGGCCAUAUUCUUAGCAAUCGAAAACAGCUUUUCUCUUCUUGAUAUGUUGAUUAGAAGUGGAGAUAUGCACGUUUUUCUGAGAUACAACAGACCGGAAGUAACUGUCUGCCACACCGGAAGUUAAAGUUUAAAGGACAAAUUAAAGGUGCAACUUCCACUUUUUUUCUGUGUUAUAUAUAAAUUAAAUAAUUUUAAGCCUUUCGAUAUGUUUGGAGAAUCUGGCAAAGUAUUUUCAUUAUGUCUUUUCUCUUUUAUGUUUGGCAACAACGUUUCAAACUUAUUGUCUUGUUUACAUUGAGAUUUCGGUAUUUCGGUGUACAAAUUUCCUGCACUAAUUUAUCAGCUAAAGAUUCAUUUUUCUGCACUUUUUUUAUUCUGUUUAAUAAUCGAAAGUUCGAGAAUGCCAAAAUUUAUACGUAUUCAUUCAAUAAAGAGAAAAUUUUACAGCAACUAAUACACUAAAUAUCUGACUGCUGAUGCUGGUAAUCACAAUGAAACUGAAACAUCUGUCUAUGAAAUUAUCUGGAACAUUUAUGGCAAAUGAAAAAGUGAUUUUGAUGAAUUAAAAGGCAAUCAUAACGUUGAGGUUUCUAUUCUAUUAAAUGUUAUACUCUCACUUUGUCACAUAUAAUGCAGAAGCAUUUUUAGUGAAUAUUUGUGUAUAUAAUGUCAUGUAACAAUCUGAAAACAUUAAACGUAAUUUUUGAUUA